AUGCGUGUUCUGAGCUCGAAGUGGAAGCAAGCCUGUUUCCUCGACGACCUCAGAUCACAUGAUAUGCAUGUGAUGGUUGCUACAGAGACCAAUCUGGACAGUCUACAAACCUUCUCACCCCUCCUGAAUGGCUAUGAGAAAAUCAUGUCUCCUAGCCAGACCAGAGAUCAUGGGGGUGUAUUAGUACUUGCCCGUAAAGGCUUGGCUCUGCAGACAAGUACAGUCUAUGUGAACCCUGAAGGUGGGCUGGUCGUCCUUGAUGUGACAUACAGCGGUAAGGCUUUCAGGUUGAUCAGGAUCUACGCACCCUGUGCUAGAGGAUUGCAAACUGAUUUUUAUCGGCGCCUGGAGAACUUUCUCGUGACGUCGAAAACAUUAGUGGUAUUGGGAGACUAUAACGCUAUCGUUGACGCACACAUCGAUAGCGUUGGCUCGUCUGAUAGGAAAGUAAACUCACGUUUCGUAGAUCUGCUGAAGAAAUUUCAGCUAGCAGAUGGUUACAGACCGGACCAUCCGAACGUCCCAGAAUGGACCUGGGUAAAUGGCGACAGUAGGUUCAAGUCUUAUUUAGACAGGAUAGUGAUAAGAGCUAGAGAUAAGGCUAGCUUUAGUUGUCCACACCUUGUUCAGGUGUCCUACACUGACCAUAGAAUGGUCAAGUGUAAGCUGAACAUAGUACGGUUAAGAGAGUAUCUGGUUACUGGAAGCUGA